AUGGAGCGCGCCCGCCACGCGCGGGCCAAGGGCAAGACCCGCGAGGGCGCCGAGGAGAAGAUGACCAGCGGCGACCUCCUCUCCAACCGCAAGAUGUACUUCCUGCUCAAGGCCGCCUUCCCCACGGUGCUGAUAAAUACAGAAGAACAAGUUGAUGAAGAUGACCAGGAGCUAGUUUCCUGGGACCGCACAAUUCCUGAAGAUAUCGAGAGGCAAAUCCAGCCUAAAUUGGUUCAUGCAGAAAGUGUGACCGUGUGGAUCGAUCCAUUAGAUGCAACUCAGGAAUAUACAGAGAAUCUUCCACAGUAUGUUACUACAAUGGUGUGCGCGGCUGUAGAUGGUAAACCAGUAAUAGGAGUAAUUCAUAAGCCAUUUUCUGGAUAUACUGCUUGGGCGAUGGUCAACGGAGGGUCAAAUAUUAAACCCCGUUCUUCCUACAAUGAGCAGACUCCCACGAUCAUUGUGUCCCGCUCACAUGAAGGAGAAGUAAGGCAGGUUGCUUGGCAGAGCUUUGGGAAUAAAACCGUCAUCAUUAAAGCCGGUGGAGCAGGGUAUAAAGUUUUAUCUCUUCUCAACGUCCCAGAAGCACACCAGGAAAAGGCAGAUGUAUAUAUUCAUGUAACGUACAUCAAGAAAUGGGAUAUUUGUGCAGGCAAUGCGGUGCUGAAGGCACUAGGAGGGCAGAUGACCACCCUGGCAGGGGAGGAAAUCAGUUACAUAGGCUCAAAUGGCAAUGAAGGUGGGCUGAUAGCGAGCAUCAAGAUGAACCACAGGGCACUGGUUGAAAAGCUUCCUGUUCUCCCCAAGACAUCACGGAAUUGAAUUCUGAAGAGCGAGUGAGUAAGUCUGCAAAAAGGUAAAUGAAUCUUUGGAAGAUGAUGCAAGUUAAUUUGCUUUUUGAGGACCAUGUCUUGCCAUGGCAGUGUUUAGAAGCAAGAUGAUUGGAGUGCACAAUGGACCUCCUGCUUCGGUGUCAAGCUUUUUAAUUUUUGAGACUGUUUCCUGUCCAAACACUACUGAGGAAUCUAGAUGGGUGCUUGUAAUAAAGGAAGCAUGUGGCAAUAUUGGUUUGGGUGAGCCAUCACUUGUUACUAUAGUAUGCUUUGUAAUGUCUGGCAAAAGAAAAUACUGGGUUUGAUUCACUUGAAAUCUGACAAUAAAUAUUUUUCAUCCCCUUGGGAUACAAAGUCAAGAAAGCUGAAACUUCCUCAUGGUGGACUAUUCUAUAUAUUUGAAAUGAUAAAGGAAACAUUUGGAUCUAUUUUAAUGUUUACUUGAAAAUUCAAACCAGCUUAAUGUGGAUGAGUGUUACUAUCUCUGUGGGUUUUAUUAUAUUUUUAUUAUAACAUUUUUUCUGUGUGUCAUUUAAAAGAAUGGUGUUCACUUGUACUGUUUCAACUACUGAAUAUUGCCAUUAUAAACUGUUAUGUUCCUGAAAUGCUUUUCAUUCGGUGUUGAGCUUAUAAAAUAGUUACAUGUCUUUGGUCAUUUAUUAAGCUCUUUAAGCAAAGGAACAUGAAUAUUUUUUUGCCAACAGAAAAUGGAGAUUGUACAUCAUGUGCAAACUUUUAUAAGGGAUUUAACAUUUUUUCUUAUUAGCUAUUUUAAUUAUGGCAUUUUAGAAAUCUGUGCCCUAAAUCUUGAUUAGCCACUGUAAAAUUAUAUUCUGUGUUACCUUUGGGCUGUGCAUAAAGUUCUAGAAACUGUAAUGGAUUGAGAGACAGAUUGGUGUGAUUAGCAGCUUGUUUUCCUUUCAUCGAAGGUACUUGUGAGGACAAAGCUACACUUUUGCUUCUUGACACAAAACAUUAAAGGCUGGUCUUAGCGUGAAACCGUUAACAGGUGGCAGCUGAAAAAAAUUGGGCAUUGAGUUGGUUGAUGAAGAUAAUCAAGGUUUGAGGGCAGAUUGUCCCACGUUAGUUUGGGGGCUGGUGGGAGGCCCAGGAUAUCCUUGACGGAUCGUUCCCCUGCUGGUUGCAGAUAUGCCAAAAGAUGAUUGGAAAUCUUACAACUGGUUAAAUGUUGUAGUACAAAAGGCCAGUAGAAACGGCCCACAAAUACAUUUGUUUUAUUGCAAAUACAUAUUUCCUGUUUAUGCUUUUGACAGUAUGACAAGCUAAACUUGACAUUUUCAAUUAAUAGUUAAAAAUGCAAUCCUAUAUUGUCUUCUCAGAAGUGAAUCUCAUUGUUUUUAGGAGGCUUUACCCAGAUUUAAGUUUUAAAAAAUGGUUGCUUGGCUGGUGAUAUUAGUUGACAGCCUUUUUUAAUGAGGAAGUGAGCAUCUUAAAACUAUUUGAAAAUCAAAUGCUCUGCAAAUGCUGUCUAAUUCUUAAUGACAGUUGCUCUGAUUUAUAUUUUCCUGCUGAUAGUAGAAGGUAAGUAAUUUUGGAGGAGGAACAGACGUGAUUCCACAGAAAUUGUUGUGGUUUCUUUUCACUCACAGAUCCUCUCUCGGACGUUUGCGUCCUGCAUUAUAUAUCUAGGUUUCAGAAGCUGAAAUCUGGCUCUUUUUUUGUUGCUGUAUAAUGCAGUGUAGCGGCUGGGACUGCAUGACAUUCUAGAUUAGGCAAAAAUGGGGUUGGGUACUUUAUAAUAUUCCGUGCGCUGUGAGAAACUAGCCAUCGUUUUCCCUUGUGGGAAUCAGGCCAUCCUAUUAAAUCGCCUCGUGGUUUUUCCCACAUGGAAGGAACUGGGGCAGCAGCUUCACGUUUCUUGAUGUACGUGCCCGUCUACGGGGGUGUCUGCAGGGUAUGGUCAAAAAAGGCAAGCUGGCAGCUGUGUUCUAGCGACUGUCUGCCGUCGGGCCGAAACAGAAAGAAGGGAGCCUGCGAUGGCGUAAGGCAGGAUUUCUGUGUUUCUUUGGUAAGGUCCCCUGCUCCUGGUUUCAGCCCUGCACCACUGCCCUCUGAACUGAGAAACAGAGCGACGUUUGCAAGAGCAAACAGCCUUAAGUUAAAUCAAUGCUUGGAAUAGCUGGUGAUGGAAUGACGGCCGAACUUCCACGUGUAACGUCGUAUAGUUCAAAACCACCAGCAGAGUCAUGAAUGAACUCCAGGUGAAUUCGGAAUACCCGGGUCCUUGACUCAAGAUGCUUCCCUGCUAAGCAGAGCAGAGCUUAACACAGCUAAUUCCUUUGAUUGAAAUCAGUGCAUCUUGCAGGAACUUCUGUGCUUGUAUCUUUAAUACAACCUGUUUGCCCAAAAAUCCCAUUUUUGCUGCAGCUUGUUUGGAACAUUAGCACCAAGCUGACAGUUCAAGUGCAGGUGAAGGGAAAUGGUGUUACAGUUUUAACAUAAGCCAUGAUUUUGCUGUGGCUUCAUAUGCUUAAACUGGAGGUACUAAAUCUGCAUUUGAUCUCUCCUCACUUUUCUCCUCCAGGAUCAACCUUGUUUAUAAGCAGCUUGGUGAUACUUGCUAGGAGUGAGUACAAUGAGCAGAUUCACACUCUCAUAGUCCUUUUGUAACAUUCCCCUUCUUUUAUUCAGAAAUGUGUGUGUAAAUCUGUGACGCCAUAUGUACUAUAGAAUGAGACUGUCGGAAGGGGUGAUUCGGGCCACUGAAUCCAAAUCCAGAUUAAAGCACCGACGUUUGGCCUCCCCUUGAAUGCGUCCAGUGACAGGGAACCCGUCCCUCUCUGCGUCCUGGGUUUCACUGUUGAGUUUCUCUUACAGUUAGGAACUUUUUUGCUGACAUUCAGUUGGAAGCUGACUUCUCGUAACUUAUACCUGUGGUUCCAGUCCUGUGUUCUCAGAUGAGAGAGAACAGCAGAUUUGCAAAUGUAUCUGCGCACCUGAUAUAGAGGGGAGGGUGAAGGUGGGGUUCAUUCUCACAAAGUGUGUUGCAAGUGGUGGGCGUGGAGACGCUGAGACUAGUAGGGUGAGGUCCAGAGUGGUGGCAGAGGGUUUUGGAAGAGGGGGUGCCCUUUCAGGGAUCCCUCUCUAUCAACUGCAAUCCUUUUAAGGAAGGUGGGUUUCUGGUUGCUUUGAAGUGCUCUCCCAGCCUUUCUCCUUUUCUGAUCUCGUAGGGCUGAUCCCGAGAAAGAUGGCAGGGAACGUCAGUCAUGCAUACGUUUGUUCCCUGCCAUCUUUCUCGGAAAACUGCCCAGCUCUUCCCUAUCAUUCAUCUGCUGCUUUCUGCCUCCUGCAAGUCAUCUCCAAACCUGUUUUCCUAAGGGGAAAUCCAAAACUUUCCUUCACAAGAUGGACUCUCACCACUUCUUUCACUCCAGAAAGACGCUAUCCGGCACCCGGCUGGGCUGAUCGCAUCUGAGGUUGGACGCCAGCAACCGAGUUCCAGCUGCGUCAGCAGUGAAUGCGGCUAGACCCACCUUACUCAAAACACUGGUCACCCCAGGCUUUGCCUUGCUGUUGCUCCCCAUCCCUGCCUCCCUGCACCAGAAUGGUGCAGAAAGUCUCAGUGCUUUUAAAUUCUCUCUGUACUGGUAUAAGGAUGGACAUGAGAUAACCCAGAUGUUCCUCUGUUAUUUAUAUUGAAAUAAAAAGAGCUCUUGUACAGAAA